ACUUUGAAACAGAAGGUCAACCAAAGGAGCAGAGACUUUGCUUCAGAAGUUUAAUGAGAGCAAUUGAUCAUAGAAAAGGGGCUUUACAGAACUAUCUGGAGUGUUACAAACAGGCCAAAAAGUCAUCAUCAUCUUUUGAAGCUUUUGUGUGUAUAGAUAUAUACUCUUUGCUCUGUUGGUUUCAAGAUGAAUGUUCAGCCGUGUGCUAGAUGUGGCUUUGGGGUUUACCCUGCUGAGAAGAUUAACUGUAUAGAUCAGACAUGGCACAAAGCCUGUUUUCAUUGUGAAAUCUGCAAAAUGAUGCUAACGGUAAAUAACUUUGUUAGCCACCAGAAGAAGCCUUACUGCCAAGCACAUAACCCAAAAAACAACACAUUCACAAGCGUAUUUGAGACACCAAUAAAUUUAAAUGUGAAAAAACAAUCUGAAGCAGUGAGCGAGGCUAAAUAUCGAGAAGAAGGGGAACGAUUCAGAUCUGUUUUCCAGUGGGAUAUGAACUGCAGAGAGGUGGAAACCGCGUGUAACGUUCAGCAGCUGGCCAGUCAGAAAACCUAUCAGGCAGCUUAUGGGGAGGAAAAGACCUGGUAUUCUGGAGCCAUUCCAGAUCCCGCAAUGGUCAGGAUAGCUCAGUCGCAGAAGACUCGCAGUGAUGUGAAAUACACAGAAGAUUAUGAGCAACAGAAGGGUAAAGGCAGCUUUCCAGCUAUGAUCACUCCAGCUUACCAGAUUGCUAAGAAAGCCACUCAGCUAAGCAGUGAUGUAGAGUAUAAGCGUGGACAUGAAGAAAGGGUCUCCAAGUUCACCUCUGUUGUUGACACUCCUGAUAUACUGCAUGCAAAAGUUGGAGGGCAGCUUACAAGUGAUUUAAAAUACACAGAAGAUUAUGAACAACGGAGAGGGAAGGGGAGCUUCCCUGCUAUGAUCACCCCUGCUUAUCAAAUAGCGAAGAGAGCUAAUGAGUUAGCCAGUGAUGUGAGGUAUCAUCAAAGGUAUGAAAAAGAGAUGAGGGGAAAAGCCAGCCAAAGAGUUGGAACAGAUGCUGCUUUCACAAGAGAAAACGUGGAUCAGUUUAGUCAGGAUUAUAUGGGUGAAUAUGAAGAGCACAGGGGGAAAGGAAGCUUUCCUGCUUUGAUCACGCCAGCUUACCAAAAUGCCAAGAAAGCAAAUGAAUUGGCAAGUGACAUAAAAUACAAGAAGGAUCUUUCAAAGAUGAAAGGAGCAGCACACUACCAUUCCCUUUCGGCUGAAGAUAACCUAGUUCUUAAGCGAGCCCAGAAUGUUAACAAGCUUGUCAGCGAGGUGGAGUAUAAGAAGGACCUGGAAAACAGUAAGGGCCACAGUAUUAACUACUGUGAGACUCCGCAGUUCAAGAAUGUGAGCAAGAUCGCAAAAUACACCAGUGACCUUAAAUACAAAGAAACCUACCAGAACCAGAUGAAGGGUCAUUAUGAAGGCAUUGGCAUGGACAGGCGCAUGCUACAUGCCAUGAAGGUUGGCAGCUUGGCAAGCAAUAUAGCCUAUAAAUCUGAUUACAAACACGAUGGUGUUGAAUACAAUUAUCCGGCAACGCUAACUCCUUCCUAUCAGACAACAAUGAAGUUGGUUCCUUUGAAAGAUGCAAACUACAGGCAAAGCAUAGACAAGCUGAAGUACAGCUCUGUGUCCAGCACUCCACAACUUGCUCAAGCCAAAAUAAAUGCACAGCAGCUCAGUAACCUGAAUUACAGAGCCCAGUAUGAGAAGACCAAAACACAUUAUACUCUACCACAAGAUGUACCUCAGUUAAUCAAGGCAAAAGCCAAUGCUGAACUAUAUAGUGAGGUUAAGUACAAAGAAGGUUGGGAGAAGAGCAAGGGCCAUGGAUUUGAAAUGAAACUGGACUCCAUGCCUUUACUUGCUGCCAAAGCCUCAAGAGAUCUUGCCAGUGAUAUUAAAUACAAAGAAGAAUAUGAGAAAACAAAAGGCAAAGCAAUUGGAACCAAAGAUUCAAGACUUCUCCACUCUCUGCAGGUGUCUAAAAUGAGUAGUGAGAUUGCUUACAAAAAAGGUUUCGAGGAGAGUAAGGCCCACUUCCACUUGCCUAUGGACAUGGUAAACAUAAAGCAUGCUAAGGCGGCUCAGGCUUUGGCCAGUGACCUUGACUAUAGGAGGAAACUCCACGAGUAUACAGUGGUUCCAGAAGACAUGAAGACAACAUGGGCCAAGAAGGCGUAUGGACUUCAGAGUGAUCUUCAGUACAAGGCUGAUCUGACGUGGAUGAAAGGAGUUGGGUGGAUAACAGAAGGAAGUCUCAAUAUCGAGCAAGCCAAAAAGGCAGGAGAUCUUAUUAGUGAGAAAAAGUACAGACAGAAAGCUGAUGCUCUGAAGUUCACCAGUGUUGCUGACAGUUCCCAGAUCAAACACGCAAAGAAAAGCCAGGAACUGCAGAGUGAUGUAGCCUACAGAUCAGGGAAAGAGCAGUACCUCCAUCAUUACACCAUCAGCAAAGAUGAACCUCUCUUCAUACAAGCCAGGACAAAUGCUGCAAAUAUUAGUCAGAACCUGUACAAGAGUAGCUGGGAGAAACAGAAGGAGAAAGGAUUUGAACUUCAUCUUGAUGCAUUGUCUUUCUUGACAGCUAAAGCAAAGAGGGAUCUGGCAAGUGAUAUAAAGUAUAAGGAAAGUUAUGAGAAGGACAAGGGUAAGUUGAUUGGAGUGAAAGGUGUAAAGGAAGACUCACAGAUGGCUCAUUCCCUACAAAUGUCCAAGUUACAGAGCGACCUGGAGUACAGAAAGGCAUUUGAGGACGUAAAGACUCAGUAUCACAUCUCCAUGGAUAUGGUCAAUCUUGUGCAUGCCAGAAAGGCUCAGGAUUUGGCCACAGACAGAGGAUAUAAGACAAUGCUGCAUCAUUACACUGCCUUGCCUACUGACAUGAAGGUGGAAUGGGCUAAAAGGGCCUAUGGCUUGCAAAGUGAUAACCGAUACAGAGCAGAUUUGAACUGGAUGAAAGGAGCUGGAUGGAUAGCCACUGGGUCAUUAAAUGUGGAGCAGGCUAAGAAGGCAGGAGAACUCAUUAGUGAGAAGAAGUACCGUCAGCAUCCAUAUGCUUUGAAGUUUACCAGUAUUAAAGACACUCCUGAGAUGAUCCAGGCUAGAAUUAGUUAUAACCAGGCUGUGGAUAGACUAUACAAAGAGCAUGGAGAGAGCAUAAAACAUCAUUAUACACCUACAGUAGAUCUUCCUGAAGUCCUUCAAGCUAAAUUAAAUGCUAUGAAUAUCAGUGAGAUUCACUACAAGGAAUCUUGGAGCAAGAUGAAAGAUGGUGGAUAUAAAUUGAAAUUGGAUGCCAUUCCUUUCCAGGCAGCAAAAGCUUCAAGUGAAAUCAUAAGUGAUUACAAGUACAAGGAGGCAUUUGAGAAAAUGAAGGGGCAGAUGUUUGGCUCGCGUGGCUUGGAAGGUGAUCUUAACAUUGCCCACUCAGUGCAUGCCGCUUUGCUACAAAGCGACGUAAAAUACAGGCAAGGUUCUGAGCAUAGAAAAGCCCAGUUCCAUCUGCCACUGGAUAUGAUAAACUUAGUCCAUGCCAGGAAAGCCCAAUCUUUGGUCAGUGAUCUGGAAUACAGACAGCUGCUUCACCAGUACACUUCCCUGACUGAUGAUUUGAGAUUACAGUGUGCCAAGAAAGCAUCUAAACUACAGAGUGAGAAUUUAUACAGGUCUGACAUGAACUUUAUGAGAGGAGUUGGCUGUAUUACUCCAGGGGCCUUAGAAAUUGAAGGGAAGAAGAAAGCUUCUGAACUCAUCAGUGAGAGUAAAUAUCGUCAGCAGCCACAUUCCUUCAAGUACACAUCGGUGACAGACUCUCCUGGCCUCCUUCAUGCAAAAUUCAGCAAUAUGAUUGCUAAUGAGCGCCUGUAUAAAGCAGCAGGAGAGAACUGUCUGCAUCACUACACGCUAACCCUCGGUCUACCUGAGUUUACCCGGGCAAGAAUAAAUGCAGCCAACCUCAGUGACAUAAAAUACAGGGAAUCUUGGCAUAAUCUGCGUCCUCAAGGCUACAAGCUGACAAUGGAAGCAAUCCCUUUCCAGGCUGCCAAGGCCUCCAGAGAAAUUGCCAGUGACUAUCAAUACAAGCACACCUUUGUGACUGAGCGAGGGAAGCACAUCGGUGCCAGAAGCAUUCUGGAUGACACCAGGUUGCUGCACUGCUUCCAUGCAGCUAAGUUACAAAGUGAACAAGAGUAUAAGAAAGGGUCCCAGGAAUUCAGGUCUCAUUACCACCUGCCCAUGGAUAUGGUGAAUCUAGUCCACGCUAGGAAGGCCCAAGCCUUAGCAAGUGAUCAAGAUUACAGGAAAAGACUCCAUGAAUACACUGUACUCCCAGAAGACAUGAAGAUGCAGUGGGCAAAGAAAGCCCACAUGCUACAGAGCGAGUACCGCUAUAAAUCAGACCUGAACUUCAUGAAAGGAGUUGGUUGGAUGGCUCUGAGAUCUCCGCAGAUAGAAACUGUAAAGAAGGCUGGCGAGCUCAUCAGCGAGACAAGGUACCGUCAGAAGCCAGACAGCCUGAAGUUCACUACAGUGGUGGACUCACCCGAUCUGAUCCAUGCCAAGCACAGCUACAUCCAGUGCAGCGAUAGACUGUACAGAUCUGGAGACUCUGAAGCACGGCACAGAUACACCUUACCUCCCGACCACCCAGAUUUCAUAAGAGCCCGUCUGAAUGCUCUUCAUAUCAGUGAUAAAAUGUAUAAAACAUCUUGGGAACAAACAAGGGCAUUUGGCUACGAUUUUAGGUUGGAUGCCAUCCCAUUCCAGACAGCUAAAGCUUCAAGAGACAUCGCCAGUGAUUUCAGGUACAAAGAAGCCUUCCUGAGGGAUAAAGGCCAACAGGUCGGCUUCCGCAGCGUGAACGAUGAUCCCAAAAUGAGACACGGCAUCAGGGUGGGAAAGCUCCAGAGUGACACCCAGUACAGGAGGGAGUUCGCCCAAAACAGGGCACAGUUCAAGAGUCACAUGAAUCAGCCGGGCUUCCUCCACGCUAAGAAAAGUCAGCAGCUGGCCAGCAACAUUAGCUACAAGCAGCCUCUGCACCAAUACACCUGUGAUCCUGAGCAGCUGAACGUGAAGCAUGCAAAACAGGCUUACAAACUCCAGAGUGAUGUCAAAUACAAGUCGGACCUGAAGUGGAUCAAAGGCAUUGGCUGGACACCCCCAGGCUCUUACAAGGUUGAAAUGGCCAGAAGGGCCGCUGAACUGGCGUAUGCUCGGGGACUUGAACCUCAGGGGGCUUCUGCUCAAUAUGAACUUGGAGCCGAUGAGGCAGAGACGGAAGGAGCGCAGCAGCCUGGAGUCAACCCUGAUGCAUCAGAGAUUCUGCAAUUCAAGCGGAGGAAAAUGCAGCCGGUGAGGAAGUAAAACUGAGGAUUCAAAUGAAAUGUUUUGAUCUUUUAGUUUGCCCUGCAAAUUCUGUUGCUUUCUUGAGGAGCACAAUAGAUGCCAUCUAAGAUAUGUUUUGUUGUUUUAAACCCCCCCCCAAACCCUUACCAGUUAAUAUUGAUCUUUAUAUUUUUGUGUGGAUACUUUAAGAGAUUUAUAACUGAACAUAUUGUAGUCUGGUAUUUAUUGAUGUUGUGAAUGAAAUCAGUACUAGAUGUCUGGCAGGCUCAGCUUUGUACUAAAGAUGAAUGAACCCUGAUUUGUAGAAUGUAACACAUUUGUAUUGAAUAAAUCAAACAAAUCUGUUUCCAUAAAUGAUGCUUCUGGAUAUUUGGAGGGGAGUACUUGGUUCACUGCUACCCUUGAUUUGAAAAGACAUACACAACAACGGGAUUUAAAUGCAUUGGUAGAGGACAAAGCAGUGGCAGGACAGAUGAUAGCCCUCAUUUACUUGCUUUACCUGGGGCAUGUUCGGGUGUCUUUCAUGUGCUCAGGCACUGGUGUCGGGUUGUUUGUGCAGUUUUAAGAACAGAUGAACAAACAUUUGAUGGCUUAGUUUGGGAUGGUCCUGCCUUGAACAGGGUUUGGACUCGAUGACCUCCUGAAGUCCUUUCCAUCCCUACUUUUCUAUGUUUCGAUGAAGGCAAGGGCUGAUGAAAGCGGAAGUUAGCAUUGACUAAUGGGGUUAUACGCUUUAAUGGACUUCAGAGGAGUUCUGCAUGAUUUAGAGAGAUCACGGUCUUAUAUUCAAGUUAUAUUCUGUUGUAAAUAACUGAAGAAGUUUGUUAGAAAUUACUAGGAAUAGCUAUCGCUGCAUUAUGGGGCCGUUUGUGGCAUGGGAUGUAGAGCCAUGAAAAACCUGAUGAGGAAUCCCAGACAAGAGUGAUGUUGCUAAGCUGAUCGUAUUCAUGGUUCGCAUCAAACCUUAA